CCGAUAUCCAGGUCAGGCUCUGUUUGGCAGCAAAAUGACGGUGGACUCUUCAUUUGGAUGGAGUACGCGAGUCCAGAAGAAAAUGAUGUGAAAAAAAGGGCCCAGUUGGGCCUGUGGCUCUGCCCAUGCCCGUGUAUAUUAGUAGCAGUUCGGGACCGUCCUCUGAGAAUUCUGUUGAAUUCUCAAACGCAUCUAUCUUUGUGUACAUACAUCUAAUAUAAUUGUAUCUGGGUUGCAAUGGACCACCAUCGGGGCAACUUCCCGACUUUCCAAGAAGCCCAAUGCAAACGCCCGUCCAUCGAUGAGACCGAUACUGAUAGCGAGGAUUUGUCUGACGAGACGGCAAACCAUGUCAACUCUUUGGAGCUCGAGCGUAUAAAUACCUAUCGCCUUCAGCAAAAGACAACAGUGGGCUCAACUCGAGGCCCUCUGCCGCGGGAGCAAUGGCUACCUAUGGGUGCUGGGAAAGAAUAUCCCCCAUUACUCCCCGAUCCCGAGCAAUAUGUGGUCGAGUUUGAUGGACCGGACGAUCCAUUACAUCCCUAUAACUGGUCCAUGCUGAGAAGAGCUUUGCUUGUAUGCAUCCUAUGUUACUCCACCUUUGCUGGAUCGUUCGCUAGUGCCGUCUUCUCCGCCGCUAUUGGAUCAGUUAGCGAACAAUUUCACAUUAGUACCGAGGUGGCAUCGCUAGGUGUCGCAUUGUAUGUUUUAGGAUUCGCUGCAGGUCCGACGAUAUGGGCUCCAGCAUCUGAACUUAUCGGACGACGCUGGCCGUUGUCCAUCGGCCUCUUCGGAUGUGGUAUCUUUAGCAUUGCCUGUGCCACCGCAAAGGAUACACAGACUAUUAUGCUGAGCCGAUUCUUCGCCGGAUUGUUCGCUGCUAGCCCUGUAUCUAUUGUUCCUGCCGUUUUUGCCGAUCUAUUCAACAAUGCACAAAGAGGUAUCAUCAUGUCCAUCUUCUGCAUGGCUGUAUUUAUUGGACCGUUUGCUGCUCCUUUUGUCGGCGGGUUCAUCGCCAUGAGCUCCCUUGGAUGGCGCUGGACCAUGUACAUAUCCGCCAUCAUGGUAUUCCUGGGCUUUAUCCUCGUUCUCCUCUUCCUAGACGAGUCCUAUCCUCCCGUGAUCCUAGUCCGCAAGGCCGCAAACCUUCGCCGGCAAACACAUAACUGGGGGAUUCACGCCAAACAAGACGAAGUCGAAGUUGACUUUAUGGAGCUUAUACGGAAUAAUUUCACGCGCCCGAUUACUAUGCUAUUCACCGAGCCUAUCCUCCUGCUUAUCUCACUUUAUAUCUCCUUUAUAUAUGGCCUCAUGUAUGCUUUGCUCGGGGCAUACCCGGUUGUCUUCCAAGGCGUCUAUGGCAUGAACAUGGGUGUUGGAGGCCUUGCAUUCGUUGGUCUUAUUUUAGGCGAGCUGCUCGGCGGCGUGUUUGUGCUCUUUCUGCAAGGCUCCUACAAACGCAAACUCGCAGCCAAUGGAGACAAACCAAUUCCUGAAUGGCGUCUUUCACCUGCCAUUAUUGGCGCCAUUGCGUUCACAGCGGGCAUGUUCUGGUUUGGCUGGACUGGCUACACAUCCUCCAUCCACUGGAUGGCCCCCAUGGCCUCUGGCAUCCUUACCGGCGCAGGCAUCUUCCUCAUUUUCUUACAAUGCUUCAACUAUAUUGUUGACUGCUAUCCCACACUUGCGGCAUCCACAAUUGCAGCAAACACUAUUCUUCGCUCCGGAGUCGGCUGUGCAUUCCCUCUCUUUUCAAGACAGAUGAUGCAGAAUCUUGGCGUUCAAUGGGCCGGGACUAUGCUGGGCUGUAUUGCGGCCAUUAUGAUUCCCAUCCCUGUUGUAUUCAAGGUAUACGGUCCUUGGUUGAGGGCUAAGAGUAGACUGGCUUGCUCACCGGUUUACGAUGUCGAAAAGAAACCUUAUGAUGCAUGAUCUUUGAUGUCUUGUAUAAAAGUUUGUUAGUUUGUUUUUCAGCGAAGAUACCAUUUGCAUAGCGUGUGAUAUGGUGUUGUUACAAAUGAAGUUAUUAUUGGAUGUAUAUUUUGGGUUACGAGGGACUGGAAUUCUGUAAAUUAUAUACCCGGCACUUAUCCUAGUGGAUCG